AUGGCCCCACCCCCACCAAUGAGCACUAUGUUUUGGAACUGUAGAGGGUUGGGUGGCCCCUCUACAGUCUCCCAACUUAAGGAGAAUAAAGAGGAUAAGAAGGGAGGCAUAACAAGAGCAGAAUCUUCUUACAGGAAUUUCAAUGAAUUCAUUCACAAUCUGGGAGGGCAGGACUUAGGACUUUUGGGGCACCCAUACACCUGGGAGAACUGUAGAUCAGAGGAGGACAAUGUAGAAGAGAGGCUUGACAGAGUAUUUGUCUCUAUGGAUUGGUCUGCCUUUUAUGCUUCAGCUAAGGUGCACAAUAUUUUCAGAUCAUCAUCAGACCAUAGUCUUCUCCUACUAAAAGCUCAACUAAUUCAGAAUCUUCCUAAAAAGAGGUUUUACUUUGAUAAGAGGUCGCUCUCAAAAUCUGGAAUUCAUGAAGUAGUUGCUGCAGCUUGGUCUUCAACCACAGAAGCCCUAGCGGGUUUUGAGCUAGCCCUAUCGGGCUUCGGGUUAAACGAUUCGGGCCUAAAAAGCCCUAAUUUAAAUGGGCUACUAAUAAAUGGCUCUAACCCUGUUUUUUUCCGGGCUAAACGGGCCAGCCCGUCGGGCCAAGAACCAUUUAACUUCUCUAAGUGGAGUAAGGACUUCAACUCAGAUAGGAAGAAAAAGCUUCAGCAUCUCAACAAAGUCCUUGAACAGCAGAGAGCUUUUGGUAAUAAUAGAGACUGGCUUUUGUGGGGAGAAUACAAGUGUGAAUUGAACAAGGAUAAUUCUCUAAAGGAACAGUAUUGGAGACAAAAAUUUCGAAUUAAUUGGCUCCAAAAUAGUGACAAGAUUUCAAAAUACUUCCAUGCUCAUACUGCCCAGAGAAGGAAGACUAACAACAUCACCAAAAUUAUCAAAGAGGAUGGCACUCCUUGUACAUCUCCUGAGGAAAUCACUGGCUGCAUUGAAGAGUUCUACUCUCACCUAUUUACCUCAGAGGGCUCUUCAGGAGGCAAUAAUCUGCUAAAUAACAUCCAACCAGUCAUCACUGCAGACAUGAACUCUGAGAUAUUAACCCAAGUGGAUGAGACUGAAAUCAAAGAGAGGACGAGGGGAGAACUCCUACGCUUAUUGUAG